UCAGUCGCGUGGGGGAAACGACAACACUUUGCCUUCGCUAAAGGCCGCCGACGUUGGCGCCAGAUGAGCGGUGGCGCCAGCUACACAUACACUUAGCAACUGUAGCGACAGACAGACAGACAAGAGACACACUCUGACACACACACAGCCGCUUUCCUUCAAAAAAAACUUGGGACUCUUGAUACGCUAACCUUCAUUUUAUCUCCGGCCAUCAAAAAUACUAGAAGAAGAUAAAGAUCGCUGAGUGUUCCUCUGGUUGGCACAGCCGCAGAUCAGCCAUCACUCUUCAUUCACUAGCAAGCCAUCACCAAAAAUACACUUAAAAGGUCUGCGUACUGACAAAAGCACCGCUGCUGUACCCACCCGAAGUGAGACGUAUACCCCGAUUCUUAGUUGAGUACUCGUCCGGCACAAAAACGGAGGUCGUGGGGCUGGAGUGUGUUCUCAUGGCGGAGUCAGAGACUGAGUGUGACACACCCGGCCUUGACACGCUGGGGUCGGAGUGUGUCAUAGCCCACAGCCAUGUCGACCUUCACUACGGUGCCGAGACAGAAAUCAUGACGGAAGAAAAGCGCGGCUUGGAGUUGGAGAUUCACGGCGGCGACCUAAAGAUCCAGGGGCUCGGCGGCGAUCUUGGCGCCGUAGCGUGCGUGGACGCAAUCGUAGAGACGGACCACGAUUACAUCAAGGUGGAACACGGCGAGAUCCACUGUUUUGCCGGGGCUGAGAUCAAGACAAGCGGUGAGCCGUUGCUGGCGGAAGUGCUUCUCAAGACGGAAAACGAGCAUGUGGUGAAAGUGGAGUCUGACCAUGGCGGGGAGUUGACAGUGGAGUCUGAGAAUGGCGUCAUCAUUCACGAAGCCCACGGCCUGCAGUGCAACGAGUGCGGCGAGAUCUUCGGCAGCAUAGCGGACCUCCAUCAACACUUUGAGAUCCACAAGGACCUCAACCCGUACAUCUGCAUCCACUGUGGCGAGAGCUUCGCGGUGGAGGCCAGUCUCAAGCAGCACAUGAAGAUUCAUAUGAAAGAGAAGCCCUACGUCCCACCGGGUGUGGAAAUAAUGGGUAAAGACGUCAUCGAUGCCUUCAGCCUCAAGUCCCAUCAGAUGAUUCACCUGCCGGACAAGCCUCACAGGUGCUCCGAGUGCGGAAAGAGUUUUGCGGCUGCAAUCACUCUAAGAGAACACAUGAAGAUGCAUUCGGAGGACAAACCGUACAAGUGCACCCAGUGUAGGAAGAGCUUUGUCCGCAGAAGGCACCUGAAGAAGCACCAAGAAGUCCACGCCCGAGAGAAGCCAUACACCUGCGGCCAGUGCGGCAAGGGUUUUGCCACCACCUCCAACCUGAAGCAGCACCAGAAGACCCACGCCGUCGUCGUGCUCGGCGACAAGCCCCAUCGGUGUUUGCAGUGCGGGAAGUGCUUUGCGGCGGCCGCCACUUUGCGGGAGCACCAGAGGAUCCACUCGGGUGAGAAGCCGUACAAGUGCAACAUGUGCAGGAAGAGCUUUGUCCGCAAACGCCAUCUGAAGAAGCACCAACAAGUCCACGCUGGAGGGAAGCCCUACACAUGCAGACAUUGCAACAAGGGCUUCAACCACUCCUCGUCUCUUUCGCGCCAUCACAAGACCCACAUGCAGGCCCCCGUCGUGUUCUCCCCACCGCAGCCCGGGAAGCCCAUCACAUUUGGCACCCCACCAAAGCAGAGGGUCCACCUGCAAGGAGAAAAGCCCUACAUGUGUCAUCACUGCGAUAAGGGCUUCAAUCAUUCCUCCUCCUUGUCCCGCCACCAAAGAGUCCACUCCGAGGGUAAGGGUUACACCUGCGGCCACUGUGGCAAAACCUUCAACCACUCAUCAUCUCUUGCCAGGCACCAGAGAGUCCACUUGGAGAACAAGCAGCAGCAGCAGCAACAACAACAGCAGCAGCCGCAGUCGCCACCCCCUCAAGUCGUGGAGCAGUACAGCCCCAUCCCCACGCCGAAGGUCUUCCCCAACAACGCCUUUCCCAAACAACACCUCCUCUCCCCCGAGAAGCCCUACAGGUGCACCCAGUGUGGGAAAGGUUUUAACCAUUCAUCCUCCCUCUCCAGACACCACAGGAUCCAUUUAGACCAGUGAGUGUCCUCCUCAGCACGCCAGCAUUGGCAUCGCUGUCUAAUUACAAGAUUUUGCCCCCAACCACAAGAAAAUUCUGGCCAACUCCUCCAUAAAGACCUGCGUGGUCGUGUCAAACGGACAAACUGAUUACAUUGAAUCGGGGCAAUGUGUUUGGAAAGGGGGUGCGGUAACCUUCAUUCUUGUCUUGUUUGAGGUCAUGCUUCACGCAACACGGGAACUCCAUUUUGAACACUUUUAAAAAGGAACAGUGUGAUUUACCUUCAUGAGGCGGGGCAGAAUGUUACCCAUCUUUUGGAUAGGCUUUGUGAGCACAAGUUUUUCGACUUGGUUCAAGGCUGUGGAUAAACAAUUGGAAAUAGUUGUCUUUUUUCACCCUCGUUAACCUGUGUGAAGCAAAUCCACUGUAAAUAACGUCCUGAUUUCUUUUAUAUAUGUAUAGCUGUGUAGUGUGCUGUUCCUAAAAGAUGACAUUUUUCAGAGCAACACCCACUUUUGUCUCCCUUAUUUUUUUUUUUUGUUAUGACAUGACUUAACAGCGAUAAGUGUUGCAGGUGUCUUCAAACAACAGCAGCAGCUGUUGAAUUGACCAUCUUGUAUAUUUAUGAGGUCAUUUUCCCUGUGUGUGUACAGACUAUACAGUACAGAGCAAUACUGGCGGACACCUUUACUCGGAUAUGCAGUUCAACCGUAAGACCUAAAAUAAAAAAAGUCUGGUUAGCAUAUUACAACACCUGUCUUUUUAUUUCCCCCCCUGCCCAUUUUCUUUGGAGACUAAUUAAAUCUAACCUGUUGAUAGACUAUAAUAGCGUUCAUGUUGACUAUCAAUUUGAACUAAAGGCUUGUGCAUACUGAAAAAAAACACAACUUUUUCAAGAGUUGGGUCUGCGCUCUACUCGUCUGUAUGAUAUCUUUUACAAACUGAUGUAUUUUUUUAGAUAUGGCUUGGGUUAUAUGAAAGGGAGCAAAUAAAUCAUUUUAAUGGGAGUGGACAUGGCAAGCAAUAUUUUCCCCCAUUUUGAGUUUUUUUUGUAUGUUUUGCUUCAAUCUGUAGCAUAGUUUUUCCCCCCUUGUGUUAGAUAGGUGCCUUACUGCAUGCUAUGUGGAAAUGUAUGCUCAGCUGUUAUUUGAAGAAAAAAAGAUUUCAGAAUUAUCUUAUUUUUAAACUUAGUUCUUGUUCAUACCCAUUUUAUUUUGUCACUGACGCCUUUUUUGUUAUUUGCUUUCAUGUAUACUACCAUGCGUUAUCACUGUAUAUUCUUUAUUUUUUCCUCCCUCUGCUCUUUGUAAAUGGUCUAACUGAUGAGAGAACAAGUAAACGGUCUAUAUAGGAUUCACUUGAGGGCAAACCCUUGUGUAACAUCUUUA